AUGCUGGCGCCUUUGGCAGCGCCUCUUGAUCCGCCCCCGAUUGUUGAUUGGGGUUUUGAUAGGGGUUGCCCCAGGAACUGGCAGGAUUCGCGGGCGAAGCCGAAACUGUGCGACCUCUGGAGCGACUAUCUUAGCCGUGGGAUCGGCCUCUUGCCUAAGGCGGGUGCACGGAAGGGUGAAGGCAAAACUCGAAAGGAAUUUACUGAUUCUUUUUCUAUUUCCUCUUUCAUUUCCAAAUCUCAAGUCAAGGCAUUAGCGCAUCUAUACCUGAUUAUUAGAGAAAGGGGCAAGGCAAAACCAACUCCUAAAAAGUUGCCGAAGUAUCUCGAAGAUUCUCCAUACGCCCGACAGCUGCAGAGGGGGUUCGAUUCCCGUUAUACGCGAUGUGGCAAAAAAACGGAUUCAACAAGAUAUGCCUUGCCUGCAUUAAGAUUUCAAACUUGUCGUCUACUUUUAGGAAAUGUUCGGAACAGAGAACUUACAAUAAUACAACGCCGCAUUCUCCGAAAAUUGAGAAACAAGAGGAGAUCUAUUAAGAGAAAGAUUUAUCCGAGAGAAAAUCUUAACAGUUACAUACAAUCACAAACUACACGAAAGUUGCCCCUUUUUCAUGGGGAUUUACCCAUCACAGAGACGCAUAGAGGAAAAGAACGAACUUCUUAUAUCCCUUUUCCACUCAAUCUAGAAACAAGAUCGAACGUUAUUCCGGUUCGUCUCCAUUUUAGUUCAACUCUUUCUCAAGCAAGGCAGCCGAUAAGUCAUCGAAGGGUAUGUGUGAAUAAAGGAAUGGUCCCCAUUACUCAUUUUAAAGUGUCUCACGGUGAUCUAAUAUCUUUUCAAGAAAAUGACGCGAGAAUCUGCGGUGAAGAAAUAAGGAGAUCUUUCUAUAUCGAAAUCUCAGUUGAAAAAAUCAUAGGCAAAUUCCUGGAUCACCCGGAAAGAAUGUCUAGAACUAAAACAGAAUGUUUCCACCUACUCAAAACUCAGAGGGGAUGCCGCCUACUACUAAAAUCCCAAUUUUUGCAACAGUUGCGUUCUUCUAUGCAAGAAUCAGACUUAGAAAGAAGAAAGAAGUUUGGAUCGGAUAAAGUAUGCUUAGGCAGUUCCUUCGCUGAGCACAUCCCUCACGACAUAAGAUUGAAAGAUCCAAACCUUCCUCUUCGGAGCGGAAAUGGACGUGGCCAAAACAUAUAA